AUGACAGACGUUGAUGUCUAUCGGGAUGCGGAAUACAUCGCUGACGUGUCCGGCCUAUCCUAUGACGAUGCGGAGCCCCCGAGGCCAACAGGCACGCUCAGCAGCCAAAACGCGCGUGUGAAGAAAGUCAAGUCGACCGCCAAAGUUGCGUUCAUCGAUCGAUUGCUGCGCGAUCUUGACAUAUUAAUUUAUUGUCAACUCUCCGCCCUGUAUUACAUGGACUGCUCGAUUGUCCUAUUUGCCAUACGUGCCAUCGUCGAAUUGAUCUUCUUCACACCAAAACCGCCCCCGUUUGAGCCCACACGCAGUCAGCCGUUUGUCGGCGCCAUCAUCGUCAGUAACUUGGUCUGCAUGCUCUUCCAUGCCUUCCUGAUUCGUCCCGAAGCUGGAGAGGAAACACGCGGCUACCUACAUGGGGGACUGUUCAUCGAUUUCGUCGGGCAGGCUCCCGUCUCUGUUUACCGGCUUCUCUUGUUCGACCUUUUAAUCUUUCUAGUCGAUUUUAUCAUGCUGGGCUUGAUUAUUGAGCGGGUGAAGACUAAUGGAAACCCCGCCACAGCGCCGACAACGCCGAAUCCAAAUACAGCCACAGGUACAACUACAGAUGCAAGCCCAGAGUCCGGGGAGUCCCAGCCACAAGACCAUGAUGCUGAAGAGCGUGGCGUUCUGCGACAAGAGGAUGACGAUGAAACGAUGUCCUCCACUCAUUAUAGUUCCGAUGCACCUCACAGUAGUGGCGUCGACGAAGAGUUUGAAGAAGAGCGCACUACACUAUUGGCCGACCCAGCCGACGCUGAGUCCAGUGGUGCGCGGGGCGAGCAUCCGAUGGAUACAUUCGCGGCUGGCCAGGCUGUCAUUCUCAAUAUGAGCUUCCCAGGUACAAUUCGUGAUCAGUGGCGCCACUCAAAUGCGACGGCACGGCCAACGUCCGGCUUUGUACCGUCUCCCGAGACGGCAACGUUCCUCCGGCAGCGCUUUGGUCUCCAGGUUGGGACUAAUGGUCGCAUUGAGCGUGCAAAUACAACAUGA